AUGCCCCGGGGCUUCCUGGUGAAGCGCAGCCGGCGGCCCACCCCCGUGUCGUACCGGGCGCGCUGCUGCCGCGAGUCCGCCGCCGGCCCGCCGCCGCCGCCCCCGCCGCGGGACUCGCCGCCGCCGGUGCCGUUCGGGACGCCCGAUGCCGCCGUGCAGGCGCUGUACAGCCCCACGCGGCCCGUCAGCAGGGACAAGUACCUGGAGCGCGGCUUCAGCCUGGGCUCGCCCGUCUCGGCCGAGUCCUUCCCCGCGCCGGCCGUGCCCGGCACCAUGGACCCCAUCCUCUUCGCCCCGGCCGACCUUAAGCUCUGGGCCGCUGCCGGCCACGCCGAGCCGCCCGCCGCCCACCCCGGCCCCGCCGGGCGGCAGAAGGCUCCGUCGGGCAAGAAGACGAAGGCGAUCCGCAAGCUGACCUUCGAGGACGAAGUGACCACCUCGCCCGUGCUGGGGCUGCGCAUCAAGGAGGGCCCGGUGGAAGCGCCGGCCAAGGCGCGGGGCGGUUGCGCCCGUCCGCUGGGCGAGUUCAUCUGCCAGCUCUGCAAGGAGGAGUACGGGGACCCCUUCGCGCUGGCGCAGCACCGCUGCUCCCGCAUCGUCCGGGUGGAGUACCGCUGCCCCGAGUGCGACAAGGUCUUCUCCUGCCCCGCCAACCUCGCCUCCCACCGCCGCUGGCACAAACCGCGUCCGCCCGCCACCAAGAGCGGCCCCGAGGCGGGCCGAGCACCGGCCGCGGGCCCGAGCCCGGCGCCGGCCGAGGAGACGCCGAAGGAGGCGAGCGGCGGCAGCGGCAGCGAGCGGGACACGCCGAGCCCCGGCGGAGCCUCGGAGGCGGGCUCCGAGGAGGGGCUCUUCGAGUGUCCCCGCUGCGCCAAGCGGUUCCGCCGGCAAGCCUACCUGCGCAAGCACCUGCUGGGGCACGCCGCGCCGGCAGCCGCGACGGCACCGGCAGCCGCGGCGGCCCCGGAGCCCAGCGCCGAGGAGCCGCCCGCCGCCGAGUGCCGCCUCUGCCCCGUCUGCGGGGAGACCUUCCCCAGCAAGAGCAGCCAGGAGCGGCACCUGCGCCUCCUGCACGCCGCCCAGGUCUUCCCCUGCAAGUACUGCCCGGCCACCUUCUACAGCUCUCCCGGCCUCACCCGGCACAUCAACAAGUGCCACCCGUCGGAGAACCGGCAGGUCAUCCUGCUCCAGGUGCCGCUGCGCCCCGCCUGCUGA